AUGCCUCUGGAAUGCCCCUUUUUAGGUCUUCUGCCGGGCUGGCUGUCCCCGACGGACCCCUGGCAGUGCCAGGAGGCUCCUAGCAGAGCCACAUCUCCGUCACAGCAGAGGGCUCGUGCCAGCAGAGCCUGGCGGAGCCUGGCACAGCUGGGAGCCUCCCAGCACUGUUGGACAUCUGCAGCAUCCAGUUCACCCCAGCCUGGCAGAAAGGUUAAGAUAGCCAGCGUGUACGAGUCAUCAGGCUUCUUUCUGGGGCUGGAUCCCAUUCCGGGAGCUGUUGAAGCCAUGCAAGAGAUGGCCCAAAUGCCCAACACAGAAGUUUUUAUUUGUACAAGCCCUCUGCGGAAAUAUGAAUACUGCGUUCCAGAGAAGUACAGCUGGGUGAAAAAGCACUUGGGUCCCAAAUUUGUGGAGCGAUUAAUUCUGACCAGAGAUAAGACAAUUGUGUCAGCAGAUGCGCUCUUUGAUGACAAGGACACUGUUAAAGGUGUUGAGCCUAACCCACGCUGGGAGCACAUCUUGUUCUCUUGUUGUCAUAACAAGCAUCUAAAGCUGCAGCCCCCACGAAGGAGACUGCAGUCUUGGGCUGAUGACUGGAGGGCAAUACUGGAGAGCAAACGCUCCAAAUGAUGACUAAAGAGAGGGGCAUGCACUUCAACUGGCAAUGAAAGUGACAUGUGACACCAGCUGAUAAGUAAACCCCACUGGAAAGAAGCAUACGGUCACCCAUCAGCUGACCCAGAUGAAAAAGAUGUCCUUUUGCAAGAGAACAGUAUUUUGUCCUGAUUAAACUUGGAUUAUGCAGUUAUUAAAAUGAU